CUCCCGAGUCUCAAUAAAAAUCGUAGAAGAAGAAUUGUUGACGCUGUUUCCUGUUGCGUCUCUCGAUGCUCGGAAUUAUAUUUUCAGUCGCUCUUUGCUAAGAGUAAAGAAAGAUGUCGGGUGCCGGAGGAGGAAAGCGUCCCUCGGGAGGGGACAGUCCUCCUGGCCCACCUGAGAAGAAGAGCAAGAAAGAAGAGAAGACCACCACGACACUGAUUGAACCAAUACGAAUAGCUGGAGUCUCAUCGACGGAAGAAAUGGACAUGAAAGUGCUCCAGUUCAAGAACAAGAAGUUGUGUGAGCGCCUGGAACAGAGGCAGGCCAUGGAAGAUGAGUUACGAGAGAAAAUUGAGAAGCUGGAGAAGAGACAAGCAACAGAUGACACCACCCUCUUGAUUGUCAACCACUACUGGUCACAGCUGGAAGAGACCGUAAAGGUUUUGCGCAAAUGCAUCGAGCCAGAAGCACCCGCGUCAUCCACUUCUGCCACACCCUCGGCACCACUCCCCGACACCGUACCACAGGAGGACAGCGGUGUCAGUCUGGCUUUGCCGACCGCUGCAGCCCCUCCUCCUCCAUUACCAGAGGCCCAGAGUGAGGCUGAGCAAGCAGAACCACCACCACCGCCGAAGCAGGAGGAGCAGCAGGAAAACCAUCAGGAGGAGCAGCGCCCCCCUCCCCUCGCUGGGUCAGAUGAGUUGAUGACACCAGCAGAGCCGCCGCAGGAUUCAAAAACAGACACGUCCCCACCGCCCCCUCCCUUAAGUGAGAAUGCUAAGGGUCUUCUUGCCACGCUGGAGCAGAGCAGCGAGGAGGAACUGUCCUUACACCUCCAGGAUCGCAUGCAGUUCAGUAAAGAAGCCAUUGCCCAUUUGGUGCGUGUUUUCGACAGGCUGCACAGUCGCAUCGAUGACAUGUGCAGGGCGGUUCAGGCUGCAGUAUGUAAGGACGAUGGCCAGUCUGAUGUCACUCUGAAACACACACUGCUGGAAGAGAACAACCGACUGCGAGAUCUCGCCACCCUGCUACAGGGAAGACACCAYAAGAUGUCCAUGGAGUAUAAUGAGUUGGUGGACAAAGUGACCAGCGCAGAAACUAAGGUGUCUGAGAUGGAGACGACAGUGGAAGACCUUCAGUGGGACAUCGAGAAACUUCGCAACAGGGAGCAGAAGCUCAACAAACACCUGGCAGAAGCCAUGGAGCAGCUAAAAUCUGGAUACAGCAGCACUGGCAGCUCAGGUGGACUAUCUGGAGGUCAGAUAACACUGAACAUACAGAAGUUUGAAAGUCUCAACGCUGAGCUGGAGCACAACCAGGAGUUGGCCAAUAGCCGCAUGGCAGAGUUGGAGAAACUGCAGGUGGAGCUCCAGGAGGCUGUGAGGGAGAGUGAGAAGCUCAAGAUGGACCUGCGCAAUAUUCCAGAAGAAGUUGUGAAGGAAACCUCUGAGUACAAAUGUCUGCAGUCUCAGUUCUCUCUGCUGUACAAUGAAUCUCUUGGGGUUAAAACUCAGCUGGAUGAGGCUCGGGCUCUCCUGUUGACUGCGAAGAACGCUCAUCUUCGUCAGAUUGAGCACAUGGAGAGCGAUGAGCUGUCCCUUCAGAAGAAGCUGAGGACUGAUGUCAUCCAGUUGGAAGAUACUUUGGCUCAGGUGCGCAAAGAGUAUGAGAUGCUGCGCAUCGAGUUUGAGCAGAACCUGGCAGCCAAUGAGCAAGCAGGACCAAUCAACAGGGAGAUGCGGCACCUCAUCAGCAGCCUACAAAACCACAACCUGCAGUUGAAAGGUGAUGUGCAGCGCUACAAGAGGAAGCUGCGAGAAACACAGAUGGAGAUCAAUAAACUACGCUGCCARAGUGGAGACGCAGGGGUUUUGAUUCUAGAGGAGACGACGAGCGACAGCAUUGAUGUCAAAAAGGAGGAGGAUGAAGACCAGGAGGAGGAGGAGGAGAGGAGGAAGGAGCURGAGAGGCAGCGGGCCAGAGAGAGGGAGAGAGAGAGGGAGGCAGAGCGAGAACGUGAGAGGGAGCGAGAGAGGGAGAGGCAGCGUAGUGACGAGCUGAAGAGGAAGGACUCUGAUACGUUGAAGAUGCUCAGAGUGGAUCUCAAGAAAGCCCAGGAGUCCCAGAAAGAGAUGAAGCUCCUGUUGGACAUGUAUAAAUCUGCUCCAAAGGAGCAAAGAGACAAGGUGCAGCUAAUGGCAGCUGAGCGCAAAUCUAAGGCAGAGGUGGAUGACUUGAGGAUGCGUGUGCGAGAGCUGGAAGAGAGGGAGAGGAAGGAGAGCAAGAAGUUAGCCGACGAAGACGCCCUCAGGAAGAUUCGUGUAGCAGAAGAGAUGAUUGAGCAUCUGCAGAAGAARCUGGCUGCCACCAAGCAGGAGGAGGAGGCCCUGCUGAGUGAGAUGGAUGUCACGGGCCAGGCCUUUGAAGACAUGCAGGAGCAGAACAGCCGCCUGUUGCUGCAGCUACGGGAGAAGGACGACGCCAACUUCAAGCUGAUGAGCGAGCGGAUCAAAUCCAACCAGAUCUACAAGCUGCUGAAGGAGGAGAAGGAAGAGCUGGCUGACCAAGUUCUUACAUUCAAAACCCAGGUGGAUGCUCAGCUGCUGGUUGUGCAAAAGCUGGAGGAAAAGGAGGGAGUCCUGCAGAGCACACUGGCUGCUUUGGAAAAGGAGCUGGCUGUUCGAACACAGGCGCUAGAACUUAACAAGAGGAAGGCGGUGGAGGCUGCGCAGCUGGCAGAGGACCUGAAGGUGCAGCUGGAGCACACGCAGGCCAAGCUAAAGGAGAUCCAGKUCUCCGUGGCUGAAAACCGCACCGCUCGAGAGAGGGAGAGCAGCAACCUGAAACGAGCGCAGGAGGAUCUGUCCAGGCUGAGGCGGAAGCUGGAGAAGCAGAAGAAGGUUGAGGUGUAUUCUGAUGCUGACGAGAUCCUGCAGGAGGAGAUCAAUCAGUACAAGGCCAAGCUGCGCUGCCCCUGCUGCAACACGCGAGACAAGGAGACCGUUCUCACCAAGUGUUUCCACGUUUUCUGCUACGAGUGUCUGAAGAUGCGCUACGACACCCGACAGAGGAAAUGUCCCAAGUGCAACUGCGCCUUCGGAGCCAAUGACUUUCACCGCAUCUACAUCACCUAAGUCGCGCGGAAACCGGGUAGAAGUGUAGGAAGUUGAUGACAGAACCAAAGGAGAGGAACAAAUCCGAGAGGAGACGGCAAAAAAACAAAAAAAAAACAACACAAAACAAAAACUGAAGAUUCAGUCAUUUUGAGGGGGAUAUCAAAUGAACUCACCCCUGUUUUAUUCCCUUUUUGAAGACUUGUUUUAUCACAUUGUUGUUGUUCGGUGACCAAACAUAGUGAUAUAUGUGACUUGAGUGUUGCGAUGUAGUUAAUAAACACAGACGCUUCUGCACUCAUUGAUAUUCUUA